GCAUUUUCCGUAGUGGACGCCGAGCGUGUUCGUAUUGUAUUUGCAAAUACAGGAGACGUUUAAAUUAUGGAUUCUCAAUAUAAGACUAUUCAUCCUGUAAAAUAUUUGCAGGACCACUUGGCACAAAAUGUUCGACCAGAUGGUAGACAGUUUUUAAGUUUUCGUUCAAUUAGUGUUAACAUUUCAUCAAUAACGCAUGCUGAUAGUUCAGCUAUAUUCAAAAUUGGUAGUACAACAGUUGUAUGUGGUAUUAAAGCUGAAUUAGCUACUCCUAGAACAGAAUCUCCUGAAUAUGGAUAUAUUGUACCAAAUGUGGAACUUCAUCCAUUAUGUUCUCCAAAAUUUCGACCAGGACCACCAAGUGAUCAAGCCCAAAUUAUUUCAAAUUUGAUAAAUAAUAUAUUAAUAAAUUCAGCAGCUAUUGACUUGAAAGAUCUUUGUAUUUGUAAAGGUAAACUAGCAUGGGUUUUAUAUUGUGAUCUUCUAUGUAUUAAUUAUGAUGGUUCAGCAAUUGAUGCUUGUGUGGGAGCUUUGACUGCUGCACUUAAUACAUUGACUUUACCAGAAGUGAAUUACAAUAUUGAAACUGGAAAUAUUUCUAUAAGUUCUGUGAAAAAAAUAAAACUUCCAAUAAAAGCAUUACCAGUUUCUGUUACUUUUGCAAUAUUUGAUAAUCAGUUACUAAUUGCUGAUCCUACUGAUGAAGAAGAAAGUUUAUCUUUGGGAAAAUUAACAGUUGUAUUGAAUAAGGAAAAAAUCUGUUGUAUACAUAAACCUGGAGGAAUUCCAAUUUCCCAAGAUAUGUUUCUGAAAAGUUUAACAAAAUCUAAAAAAAGAGCAGAGUCGGUAAGAUCAUUAAUUAAUAUUGCUAUGGUAUCAACCGAAGAAGAAAUGAAAAAAUGA